AAGGCUCUCAUGAAUAUGGUACUAAACCUUCAGGUUCCAUAAAAUGCUGGGAAGUUCUUGGGUGACUGCACAAUUGGUGGCUUCUCAAGAAGGGCUCAGCUCCAUGAGUGAGUGUCAAAAUUAAAAAAAAAAAUAUUAGACUUUCCUUUGUCAAAUCUGAAUAUGGGGAAAUUCAGAAUUCUCUUAUGUUAGUGUCAUAUUUUCAGUAAAUUUAUUACUUCUUUGUUGUUAUUGUGUAAAAAGAUGUCAAUACCCAAUGCUGUUGAAUGUUGCUAUAAGAGAGCACUCAGAAUUAGUCUUAUUAAAAUAUGUCACAAAACUCAUUUUUUUGUUGUAUCUGUUCUUCUCUUUCUUUAUUGCCAGUGUCACAGUUGGCUGCCUGUCAUGUUAGAGAUUGGCAACCAAGGUUAAUGUAUACUUCCAACGUCCAGCCAUGCAUACUACAAUUAUUUAUGCCAUGUUCAUCUUUUUAUUCAAGACUAUGUUAAAUGACAUGUGAAGAGAAGAGCAUGUUGUCUGUUAAACUGGAACAAAUGCAUUGACCUAGCUUUAGUAUAAACAUUUAAACAAGAUAUUCCCACUUAAAUAACACAUACAGCAUAUGAACAGAACAACCAUAUGAUAUAUAAAUGUGUGUUCUGAAUUUAAACAAUAUUUUUAAGUCUAUUCUUUUCACUCUUUUAUAUGAAGGAAGAAUGGAAUAGGAUGAAAGCUAAGCAAUUCAUUUCUGAGUUCACAAGAGCCUGCCACUGGUUCCUAUCCUGAGUCAGAUUAAUUUAGUCCAUACCAAGCCAUCUUAUUUCCCUAAGGUCCAUGUAGUAGUGUGACAUGACGCCUGAAAGCCAGAAUAGGAGAGCCAGAGUAGACGAUCACUGAUAGACAAUGACUCGUUAAACAGGUUUCUGCAGAAAUUAACCUGCAUAUCACAGAGCUGCCAUUUCUAUGCAAUGGCAAGGCAAAACACACCUCUAUAACAACAGAGGAAUUGUUAGGAAAUUGUCUUUUCUGUUGGAUCUGACCCAAGGCUAUAUAAUGAUGAUCCAAGGCCAGCUGAGAUAGAAUUGAGAGAGUCUCUUGAGAAGCCAGUCGAAGAUGAUUAAGAAGAGACAGCAGUGCGUUCAGUGGAGAGUCGAAAGUCUGGUUGUGAAGAGGAGACUUUAUGUGUACUGUAGUACAGUUAUAUUUGGAGUGUGUGAUUCAGUGAAACUAUAAUUCUUAUGUUAAAAUCUGUUUCCAGGAAAUGGGUAGUGGAGACUGUAAUAGACUGAGGACAAUAGUGGGUGUAACAGUGAACUGUAAAGUGUGUAGCUCAGUGCUAGCACUUGAGUGGUGUGAAUAAGGUAUCAAUAAAUCCAAUCAUCCAAUCCAGGCACUGUCUAGUAGUCACCCCUAUACGUGACAAUAUUAUCCUCCCACCUACAUCUAGGUCUUCCUAGUGAUCUCUUUCCUUCUGCUUUCCCACUAAAACCCUGUAUGCAAGUCUUCUCCCCCAUGCAUACCACAUGCCCUGGCAAUCUCAUCCUCAACUUUAUCGUUCUAAUUGUGUUUGGCAAAGAGUACAAUUUAUGAAGCUCCUCAUUAUGUGAUUUUCUCCAACCUCCUAUUAUUUAAUAAUUGUAUACAUUAAGAUAAAUGUUUGGAAAGCUGGUUUAUGAGACUCAGGAAUUUGGUGUGACUUCUUUGUCUUGGGAUCUUCAUUUCCUUCAGAAGAAAAUUUACAUCUUGGAUAAUUAUAAUUAUUAGCUUAUUCCAAUAUUUUGUUAACACAAAUUUUACUUUUGAUCAUUUCUUCCAGUGACACAAUUUACUAUUUCAGAAACAUGCUACGUGAUAGGUGGCCGAAACUUGCAUUUCUGGUAGCUGUAUGCUCAACCACAGUAUCAGCUACUGAAGAAUUGCAAAAUAUCAGUCCUUUGCAGACACUUGGACUGGGUCUGAGAGAUUUAGUAUUGAGGAUGUUUACCCUGUGUGGUACUGAGCUUCUAGCAUUGCGGAGGGACACAAGUGAGGCCAGUGGAGUACACAACACCCUCUGUACAUUUCUGCUUAAACCCCAGCCAGAAACAGGAAGAGGUCACUAUGGACCACCUGCAUACAACACGUAUGUAUCUGGCUUUGAUCCCUUGACCCUUCUUGCUGGUCUUGCAUUCUUGGCCUUCUUACUGCAGACUCUCCAUGCACUUUUGUACCGACAGACAACAAGUGUCUCUUCAGUAGGCCUCUCCCGCAAGAUCUCAGAUUCACCAUCUGAGCUAGAACACACAGUAAAAUCAGCACUUGAUAAAUACGAAAUGUUGAAUUCUCAAGGAAGAAUGACAGAUAACACACCAUGGCAAUGGCCUUCACUUCCAUUAGUCAUGAGGAACUUAAUGUACAAUUACUUGGGGCUGAGAUAUCAUUUACCAUGCUUCCAGAACCCACUAUGUCACCAACUGCAACCAAAAAGUUGAAGGUUUCAAUCAAGUAACACUGGAAUGAACAAAUUCAGUAUCCAUCAAGCUCACAAUUCACUUUUGCUGUUAUACACAGAAAAGGAUGUUGUGCUUUAUGAAUGGCACUGUUCUGCCAAAUAACAAUGAUUAUUUAUUGUAAGAAAUAUGAUAGCAAAGAAUGCAAUAUGUUUCAGAAAUAAAUUUAGAGUUAACCAUCUUCUGUUGGGUGAAAGUGUUGGUUUUCAAUUCUAGUUACUUGUAUUAGUUGGCCAAAAGCAUUAGGUAUGUUGUGGCAUUAUCAGAGUGCUGGAGGGAUUACACUCAAAACCCAACCCUUAUUCCUGUUUUUGGCAAUGGGUGCAUAUGAUGUAAUUUCUAAUGAAUUGUAACUACGUUAUUUUGUUCACUGUGU